UGAUCAAAUUAAUUCAUUAUGGUGUUACUGAGAGGUAUAGUUAGACUAAGAUUCAGCACAUCCUUUACUGUCUUCUCCCAUUUACUUGAUUUUAACUACUUAUUCAUGAUUAACUAUGCCAUGUAUUCUCUUGUUUCAGCAACAAUUCCAGUGCCAUUACCAUUGCCUGUAAUUUGAAAUUUUGAUAAACUGUUCAAUUUUGAAGACCAGUUGUAUUUACUAGUGAACAAAGCUAUUGCAAGGAUGGGUCCAAAAAAGAAGCCAAAAAGGAAGCAGUGCUUCAGUUGCGGCCAAUUUGGUCACUAUACGCAGGACUGCCAAAAAGGAGAAAACCAUGACGUGGCUGCAGUGAACUCUGAGCCCGAGGCUGCAACGUCUCCGACUUCACUGAUCUCAGAGAGCCCGUCAAGAGGUGGCCAAACGCCUGGUCAGUGUGUGACUAUGAACACCUCAGCGCAUGGCAAGGCAGGCUGCUCUUCACGUCAGGAAGACGUGCCUGUGCUCUCAUCCUCAACAGAGAAGGAUUUACCAUUGGCCUCUACAACAAGUGACCGAGUGCAUGGACAGCGAGCGAUAUCUCUCACCGCUGUUCAUGGUGAGACUGGCUACUCACCCCAACUUCACACGUCAACAGAUGCUAGUGGGCCUUCAUGCUCGACGAGUGCAGAUUUACCUAUGCAGCAUUUACAGAGUUCUUCGAACAAGAAGAGGAAGAUGGAUGGGUCAACGGAAUCCUUACUGACGAGUGUGCCGUUUCCGCCG